UAACCGCCAUUGCCGUUCGCCCUUGCAGAAGCGAGAGUGUGCAACAGUCUGUGCAGAGACGUGGUCUUGUUUGUUUCCCCGCCGGGUUUUUUUUUGUUUCAAAGCAACAAUCUUUACCCCCACAUUCAAAACCACCUUCGCAUUUGUGAGUGUGUGACCUGUGCUACUGAAAUGUCCGACGAAAUGAACAACCACAACGGAGUCGAGAACGGCGACGUCCCGGAGAUCGAAUUGAUCAUUAAGGCUUCCACGAUUGAUGGAAGAAGGAAAGGAGCAUGCCUAUUCUGCCAGGAGUAUUUUAUGGAUCUUUACCUUUUGGCUGAACUGAAGACUAUCUCCUUAAAAGUCACAACGGUAGAUAUGCAAAAACCACCACCGGAUUUUAGAACUAAUUUUGAAGCAACGCCUCCGCCGAUUUUGAUCGAUAACGGACUAGCAGUGCUCGAAAAUGAGAAAAUUGAAAGGCACAUCAUGAAGAACGUCCCUGGAGGUCACAAUCUUUUCGUCCAAGAUAAAGAAGUAGCUUCUUUGAUCGAGAACUUAUACAGCAAACUCAAACUAAUGCUUUUAAACAAAAACGAUGUCACGACAAACAAUCUUCUUAGUCACCUACGCAAAAUAAACGAUCACCUUGGAAAAAAAGCGACAAGAUUUUUGACUGGAGACACCAUGUGUUGUUUCGAUUGUGAGCUCAUGCCAAGGCUACAGCAUAUUAGAGUGGCAGGAAAAUAUUUCAUGGAUUUUGAAAUUCCAAUUGAAUUGAACCACUUAUGGCGUUAUAUGCUGAAUAUGUAUCAGCUGGAUGCGUUUACUGAGAGCUGCCCCGCUGAUCAAGAUAUAAUAAACCACUACAAACACCAACAGGGAAUGAAACUGAAAAAGCAUGAAGAACUCGAAACCCCAACAUUUACAACAUCCAUUCCAAUAGGAGUGUCUAUCGAAGAAUAAAAACGCUAUGUGGACAACUAUAGCUAACCACAUAAAAAAAUAAAUAUUUGAAAGUUUUUUCCUUAACACUAUUUAUUGUGUAAAUUAUUGCCAUAACUUACCUGUUAUAAUUAUUUAUGAGUUUCUUGUUCACCUUUAUGAUUACUGCUUUGAAGUAAUUAUAUAUAACUUUAUUUUAUAUACACUUGAAUAUGAAAUCCGUACCAUGAGAAAUUUAGUACUUACUGCAUAUAAGUUAUUGUAACUAAAGUACCUCGAGUAGUUUUACCUACUUAAUUGCUUAUCCUAUUCAUUAUUUAAAGUUAUAUGAAAUCAUAUAAGCUUGUGAAAGCAGUUACUGAUUUGAUAACCAAUGCUUUCUUUGUAUUUAGCAUAUUGUAUAUAGUUUUCUUUCUUUUUGUUUUAAUUUUUUUUUUUGCACCAAAAUUGGAGUCCAAUUUUAAUAAUUUUUGUGAGUUCACUCGCAUUUAUUACAGAUUAGGAAUAAAUUGAUUUGAUAUCAAAGACUAUGACUUGAAACAUUAAUAUUGAGCUUUUGUAAACGUCAAUUCCAUAUGAAGAGGAACCAGAAGGUAUGCUUUUUCUGGUCCCCUGCUGUGUCAAGUGCCUUAAAAGUUGUCUGUCUUUAAUUAAUCAAAUUUAGGGUUUUAGAAUACAUCUUUCCUUUUGUAUAAAUUUCAUUGCCAGAAUUAUACUGGAUAUUCUGU